AUCUCUCUCUCUCUCUCUCUCUCUCAACAUGGGCCACCUUGUUUUAAAAUCAAUAACUUGUUCUCUCAUUGCACUAGCACUUGCAGCAUUAUUCUUCACCAAAUAUGCACACUUCUCAUCAAUCAUCCUCCCUCUUCUUAUUGCAUACUUGUUUAAGCAACAAACGAAUCACCACAACCUCCCACCAGGACCCAUUUCAAUUCCAAUAUUUGGAAACUGGCUUCAAGUUGGUAAUGACCUUAACCACCGUCUCCUAGCCUCCAUGGCUAAGUCCUAUGGUCCCAUAUUCCUACUAAAGCUUGGUUCUAAAAACUUAGCUGUUGUCUCAGAUCCUGAGCUAGCUACCCAAGUUCUUCAUACACAAGGUGUUGAAUUCGGGUCUCGACCCCGUAACGUUGUGUUCGAUAUCUUCACAGGCAAUGGUCAAGACAUGGUGUUUACUAUCUAUGGUGAUCAUUGGAGAAAGAUGCGUAGGAUUAUGACUCUUCCAUUCUUCACUAACAAAGUUGUGCAGCAUUAUAGCACUAUGUGGGAGAAGGAAAUGGAGUUUGUGGUGAAUGAUUUGUUUAAGUACGAUGAGAAGAAGAUGAGAAGUGAAGGAAUUGUUAUUAGGAAACGUUUGCAGCUUAUGCUUUAUAAUAUUAUGUAUGGGAUGAUGUUUGAUGCAAGAUUUGAGUCUCAGGAUGAUCCUUUGUUCAUUGAAGCAACUAGGUUUAAUUCUGAGAGAAGUAGGUUGGCUCAAAGCUUUGACUAUAAUUAUGGAGAUUUUAUCCCUUUGCUUAGACCUUUGUUAAGAGGUUAUUUGAACAAAUGCAAGGAUUUGCAGCAAAGGAGACUAGCUUUCUUCAACAACUAUUUUGUGGAGAAGAGGAGGAAAAUAAUGGCUGCAAAUGGAGAGAAGCACCACAUAAACUGCGCAAUAGAUCACAUACUGUAUGCUCAAAUGAAAGGAGAGAUUAGUGAAGAUAAUGUGUUGUAUAUUGUAGAGAAUAUCAACGUGGCAGCAAUAGAGACUACACUAUGGUCAAUGGAGUGGGCCAUAGCUGAGUUGGUCAACCAUCCAACCGUCCAAAGGAAGAUAAGAGAAGAAAUCUCAACCGUCCUAAAGGGUAAUCCAAUCACAGAAUCAAACCUACAUGAGUUACCUUACUUACAAGCCACAGUAAAGGAGACACUAAGAUUGCAUACCCCAAUUCCAUUGUUAGUACCACAUAUGAAUCUUGAAGAAGCAAAAUUAGGUGGUUUUACAAUUCCUAAAGAAACCAAGGUAGUGGUCAAUGCUUGGUGGCUAGCUAAUAACCCUAAAUGGUGGAAGAAUCCAGAGGAGUUCAGGCCGGAGCGAUUUUUCGAAGAAGAAUGCAGCACGGAAGCAGUCGCCGGCGGAAAGGUUGAUUUUCGAUACCUACCCUUUGGCAUGGGAAGACGGAGCUGCCCAGGGAUCAUACUAGCAUUGCCAAUUCUGGGGCUUGUGAUAGGGAAACUGGUAUCAAAGUUUGAGAUGAAAGGUCCACCUGGGAUAGAGAAGGUUGAUGUGAGUGAAAAGGGAGGACAAUUCAGCUUGCACAUUGCUAAGCAUUCCACAGUUGUGUUUGAACCAAUCCACGCAUGAAGUGUUGAUGAUUUUUACAACAUUUUCAAAUCAAAUAAUAUGUCCUAAAGAUGUGCUUGAAUUUAUUUGUGAUAUGUUCUUGUUGGGUGUUUUUUUCUUAAAAAAAAAUUGUUUUUAUUUGUAAUUGUAUGAACCA